CAGUAACUCACCACUGGAGGUCACACUUUUAAUGUAGAACCGGAGGAGAUGAGCAGCAGCAGGAGGAGGAAACACAGAAGCUUGAUUAUUAUGCAGUCAGCAACUGGGUAACAGAGAUAUCUGAGGGAGAGAGAGAGCGAGAGAGAGAGAGAGAGGAGGAGGAGCAGCAGCAGCAGCAGGAGGAGAAGGAGGAGUAGGAGACAGGUGGUCUCUCUCCUCAGUGCGUCUGUCUGCACCGGUGGAUGUUCAGCGAAUGUUCUCUCGCAGCCUUUUCCUUCUUCCUCACCCCCCCUGUCUGUCACUACACUGAGCUGAGGCAGAAACACUCAGCAUGGCGCAGGAACCGGAACCGGAGGGGAAUAACCGGCUCCUGCAGGACGUGCUGGUCCGACCCGGCAACGAUUCGUGCGCUGACUGCGGCAACCCAGAGCCGGACUGGGCUUCUCUGACUUUGGGCGUCUUUGUUUGCCAGGCCUGUUCGCUGCUUCACCGGAGCAUCCCCCACAUCUCCAGAGUAAAGUCAGUCCAGGACACGUGGGAUGCCAGCGAUGUGGAGAUAAUGGCUGCGAUGGGAAACGAUGCAGCCAGAGCCAAAUACGAACAGAAGGUUCCUGCUUUCUACUACAGACCAACACACACUGACUGCAAGCUGCUGAGAGAGCAGUGGAUCAGAGCCAAGUAUGAGAGGAACGAGUUUGAGUUCAUCGAGAAGCAGGAGCCUUAUUCUGCAGGAUACAGAGAAGGGUUUCUAUGGAAACGGGGACGAGACAACGGUCAGUUUCUCAGCCGAAAGUUCAUCCUGUCAGAGAGGGAAGGGGCACUGAAAUAUUUCAACAAGCAGGACGCCAGGGAUCCCAAGGCCGUGAUGAAAAUUGAGACCCUGAACGCCACCUUUCAGCCGGCCAAGAUCGGAAACCCCUGCGGCCUGCAGAUCACCUACCUGAAAGACAACAGCACACGGAACAUCUUUGUCUACCACAGUGAUGCUAAGGAGAUGGUCGACUGGUUCAACGCCAUCAGAGCAGCCAGGUUCCACUACCUGCAGGUGGCUUUUCCUGGAGCCAGUGAUGAAGAGCUGGUUCCUAAACUGACCAGAAACUUCAUGAAGGAAGGUUUUAUGGAGAAAACAGGCCCCAAGCACACUGAAGGUUUUAAGAAGCGGUGGUUUACCAUGGACGACAGGAGGCUCAUGUAUUUUAAAGACCCUCUGGACGCUUACGCCCGUGGUGAGGUCUUCAUUGGCAGUAAGGAGAACAGCUACACGGUGUUGUCCGGCCUGCCUCCGUCCACCCAGGGCUACCACUGGAACCACGGCAUCACCAUCGUCACGCCAGACAGGAAGUUCCUGUUUGCUUGCGAGACGGAGGCGGAGCAACGGGAAUGGAUAGCUGCCUUCCAGAGGGUCAUCAAUCGACCAAUGAGACCACAGGAAUAUGCAGUGGAGGCUCAUUUCAAGCACAAGCCUUGAAACCUGCAGGGACUCCUGGGGAGGCCAAGAAUCGAGUCUUGGUCCGGUCAGAGCCAGUAAGACCCGACUUUGUGGUGUAUCAGGGCGUGAUGGAUGGCGAGGCGGAAAAGGUGGGGCUGGAGAACACGUGGACAUUUUUACGUAGGUUGUGAAAAAAAGGGAAGAGCGAAGGAAACGACAAAAGUUUCUCCAGUGGAUCAUGAUGGAGCUGACUGGAACUCUAGGUUUAGGUUGAAGCACUGAUGUUCUGAGGGCAGAAGACUUGUGAUGUCAUCCCUAAUACCACGGCAACCUUUCCUCCCCCUCCUCAUCCUUGGGCCCCUCCUUCUCCUACAACCUCCAAUUACUCCCUCCGCUCCUGGAUUUCGUCUUGUGAAUGGUGCAUUCUACCUGUAAUCUACUGUAAUUAUGUAAUCUAGAGUCAUCCCACUGGUUUGCUCAGCAGAGACAAUGCCUCUUUAAUUUAUUGAAUGUACAGUUUUGAUGACAGUGGCUUGUUAACUUGUUUUUUCCAUGAGGACGCUGCCGACGAGGUCGCUGACACCCUGUUAAUCCUGAAUCUACGAAGUGCUUUUAACACCAAGUAUGCAUUAAAAACACGCGCAAAACUCUCAGUGAUCACCAUCGCUGUUAACGUAGUCUGUCAGGGUUCUUUCUAAAAUCCUCCGUGUGCCAGCUGUUCUCCUAUUUAUUUGUACUGUUCAACUUAGGGAGUCACCGUAGAUGGUGAUCGCUGCUUUUAAGGAUUGUAAUGUGAUUAGGAUUGUAAUUUACACCACAUAUCGCCAACUAUGGUAUUUAAUUAUCGCAUCUUGUUUUAAAGACGCUUUGUUGUGUUGAUCCAUAACCAACCGAAGAAUUUGCCGUUACGUUGUGGGUCGUAUGUCAGUUGAUAACAGCAGUUUUUAACACAGCGUGUUGUUGUUCAGGGUCACUGCGUUCUGUCAGCAGGGAAAAAAACCUUCCAGGUUUGGUUAAAAAAAUUUGACGUUCACUUUGAUUUGACACUGGUUUGUUCCUCAGGGUUAAAAACCCUCUUCAAAUACAAUGUUAUUGUAGCUCAACACUUGGACAGUGACCUGUAAUACCCUUAAUGAUCAUACAUGCACUCUGAUACCGCUGUUCCUCUCAGUUUUUUCAGUUUAGUCCUCACCCGUCUCCCCUGUUGUCCAAAUCCAGUGGACAUAUGGACACUUUGACAAGGAGCUGUCUGAGUCCAGAGACCUGCUCAAUCAGCUGACAGGUACAUGUUGCAUAGUCUAUGUAAUUAUAUUUUAAGCAAAUAACAAAUUAAAACAAAAACAUGGUCUCCCAGCACCUCCCCCCUCCCCCGCAGACUAACUUUCAAUUUCAAAUCUGUUGAUGUAGGACCAGAUGUGUUGGUUUUUAAACUUGCUGACGUUGUAGUGACCGCAGACAUCUUCACAUUCUAUUUAAAGCUGUCAGAUUUCUCCUGUAAACCUGGGACAAAAAGAGACAUUUUUGUUGUUGUCCAGAAUGUAGAAACCAGAUCUGUGCUGGGAAAAGCCCAUCCUUCACUGUUUUGUGGGGCAAGUAUAAUGGGCUGUGUGGCAGUUUCCUUCAUCAUAAGGUUCUUUAAUAUCAAUAAAGACGUGUCUGAUUUA